UUUCUCUCUCCUUUUUUGUCUUUCUAUCAUAUCCCUUUUCUCGUCUGCACCAUGCCAACGUUCCAUACUCGUGCUCGCCACAUGCUCACCAGCUACCGUCCACUUCUCCUUUCGUUCGGCUUCACCGCUGUCCUUCCCUUGCGCUCUCUCGCGCUCUUUUCCACCACAGCCGGCAAAGCGACAGAAGCAAAAUGCACCAGAUACUUGUAUCGUAAACCGGGACCAAUGGCGACGAGAGAGAGUCCUUGGCCUGUUGUCUUUCUGAGAGCGAAGGGUCUAGAUGUGGAAGAAGAGGGAGAAUGGGCAGACUGGUCAGGUAUGUUUGCCGAGAGAGGAUACACCUCCAUCGAGAUCGAUAUAACUGCCCCACCUCCUCAAUCCCUCCCUUCCGAUGAAUCCCCGUUCCGACAAAUGACCACCGCCCUUUCUUCGCAAGUACGUCUCUCGGCCAUUCCUUUCCCACCUAUCAUCUUUGCGCGAGGGAUAUCCACACUGCUUGCACAGGCUUUUAUCGAAGAUUUCCCGGCGAGCGGGUUAGUGUUGGUUGAUCCUCUGCCAGAUGAGGAUCCUCGAAGUGCCGGGCAGGGAGGAAAAAAGGGAAAUGGUGGGGGUUUGGCUGAUUGGGCGGUAGGUGAUAAGAAGGGAGGGUGGGAAUGGCCCAAGUUUAGAUAUGAGCCUCAUUUCCCUAUCUUGUUGAUCACCUCCCAGACUCGGAUGACGGCGCUAUCGACCAGUAACAGGUUGGUGCGCGAUCAUGUGGGGGAAAACCCGAACAGGCAUGGAUGGUUAGGUGGGCGAAGUGGUAAGGGGGUGGAGGUGGUGGUGACGGAUGGGCUGGAAAAUGGUGGCUUAUCGGAGGGGGCGAGAUUAGAGGUUGAGAAGUGGAUGGAUAGGUCUGGUUUCUAAUACUGAAAGAUUGAAAACAAAAGUGUUGUACGCACGAUAUAACAUGAUUGGUACAAGAUCAUCCGGGAAUAACAACAUACGCUAUCUAAAAGAAUGAGAUGCACUUCUUCGCUCCUCGUUCUAUGUUUUACCACCCUCCAACACGUCCUCCUUCUUCCCACCAUGCAUCCUCAAAUCCAUCAAACACCCCGCCUUCCUCCUGCCCCACCGCAUAAGUCUCCACUCUCACAUCUUCCUUCACCUCUUGCGGUGUAUCCUCGUGCCAGUCCAAAUCCAAACACAUCCCUCUUGCAAUCCCAUCAUACACAAAAGAGUGCGCAUGGUUGAGUGCUGGUGAACUAGAGUAGUCUUCCGACAUGCGGCGGAUGAAUUUGAAAAGUUUGCCUUUUGAGAGGCCCGCUCCGCCGAGAUGUUUGAGUAGAUUGGAGUGGACAAAGAGUGGCGGUGGGCGGGAGAAACCUACAGGUGUCGCGAGGUCGUAUUGGAGUACAGAGCUAGAUGAGUCAAAGUAGUUAGAGACACUUGUAAAUAAUGACGGGUCGACAGACGACUCACUGUCCGCAAAAACGUCCGUUCUGGAAUUCAUUUCGAAUUCCUACUGUACUCAUCCACCUUGGCGAUACCCCAAACUCGAUAUCCAACAUCCUCCACGCCCACCUAAACGUAUCCUUAUCCCCUCCGCACAUAUGGAACCAAAAAUCCCUAUCCCUCAUCAUCCCAGCAGCGAUAAUAAGAGCCGCAAGGUUCAUCCCUUCGUUACCCGCUUUGUCCACCACAAUCUGCCCACUUUCGAAUGUCCAGAGAUCCAAGGAACAUGUUUCGCCUACCAGGCGCCAAAUGGCGUUGUCGGGAUGGUCUUUGGAGAGAUCAGGCCAGAAUGCAGCUCGACCAGAGGAAGUGUAGAUGGGGGCAUCGAACAGGUGAGAAGGGGAGCGAAGCGGGGUGUUAUCAGAGUCGAGGUAGAUAAUUUCACGGAACGAAGAUUGAACGAGAGCGAGGCCUUUGAUUUGCCAGUUCUGUGUGACGAGAUUGGUCAGGAAUGCUCCUUGUAAGGGUACGAAACGGGCGACUCACUUUCCAUACACCGGCAACCUUUUCAAGCCCCUUUGCCUCUCUCAAUGUCGCUCCAAGCGACUCAAUCUCUUUUCGCUGCUGUUUAUUAUGAAGCUCGUCCGAAUAAUGAAACACUUCGAUCGGGAGUUUGACGCCUAGCCUUCGAAGAUGCUUGAUAGCAGUGAUUGUCCGGAGAGUGGUGUCCUGUUCUGCCAUCAGCGAUGAUUAUUCUUUACCGCCAGCAAUACUAAAGCGAUGACAUACUUGGUUACCACCUGUCAAAACGAUCCCUCUCCCCUUUCCUGUCUUUCCUUCCUGACCCAGCACUUGUUCACCCUUCUCUACUGCUUCACUCAAGUACCUAACAACAUCUGCUCGUCGUCUCACAAUUUCCGCUUCAUCAACAUCGUCUCUCCAGAAUGGACCAUCACCGGCAUACUGAUCAGGGUUCACAAGCUUAUCACUCAGCUCCGAUGGACAACCCUCCAGAUUUGCUGGCGAUGCAGCCGAAUGAGAAAGGAUAGGUCGGGAGAGGAACGUUACGAGGCGAGAGGUCAGAGGGUAGAGCUUCGGUGAGGCAAGUAGAGAUGCGGGGAGUUUCAGGUCGGG